UGACAUAUGUCUUGUUUAUUCGGUCUUGAAGUACGAUUUAUGUAACGGGAUUGUGUCACCGAUGAUUGCAUUCAAAGAACCACCGGAUCGGGAGAUAAGAACGUUAACUACAGACAUAACCUUGAUAUGGAGCCGUUCAGUCUGAGUCCAUACAGGAACAAGGUGGACGUCUCCGGCCCUGACCCAAUAGCAUGGUUUAGGACUGGUCAGCUAGUGGCCGCAGCCACCGGUGUCAGUACACUGUUGACCUGGUGUAGUCGAUGUCUAGGAAAGAGUUUAAGUGUUGCACGGGAAAAGGUGUUUCCCCACCACUGGUACCAGCAGGAACUUCAGAAGAUGUUUGAGCGACUUGACGACUUGGAACGGGAACUUCAGGAGCUGCGGGACUCUAGACCAGAACCGUCUGCAGAAAAAGAUGCAGUUGUCCCCCCUGGAACCUGCUCAGGAUGUCGGUGUUCUCAGUGUGGGAAACCUGUCUCUGCUAAUUCCAUGAUACCAACAGCUUCUGUACAACAAGCUACAGUACCGCCCCCUCCUCCUCCACCUCCUCCCCCUCCUCCUGUACAUACCCCUACCCAAACAUACAUCAGGACAAGGAAACGCAGGAUCAGCUCAAAGGAGGAGAGCAAUUCUCGACCUUCAGUGACCUUGGAACAGCUACAGCAUGUGAAGUUGAGGAGAGCUGAGCCGAGACCACCACUGAGAGCAGAAAACAGCACAGCUACCCCUGAAAUGAACUUGAGACAACGGGUGCUGAAAACAGCAAUUGGUCGGGGCAAGGAAAAUAUACAAGACAGGAUAGCCAGUGAAGUGCUAGGUUUUAACGGCAGCCUCAAGAAAACAAGUGUGAAGAGAAGCCCUGGGGGCACCCCAAUAGUGAAACGUAAGCGGCCAACUGGUAAAGGAUUAACCCCAAUGAUGGCUACAGCCUUGAAGAAGAAGUUUGUUUUUGCGAAUGACAGUCGUUCAUCUAGUGACGAUUCCUUAGAAGGAUCUCCGUCACCACAGCGCCAAAUAUCCCCUCUGGCUCGGAUUCCAGGUCACGAAUCUUCAGUGUCGCCUAGUCCACGCAAGCGAACCCCACUUGCUGACAAUACUAACUAGUCUUACAUUCUUUCCUACCCUGUAAUCCUGUGAUAUUCUUACUGCUUGUCAUCCUACUGGCUGUGUCAUAUUUAUAACAUUUUGAUAUUCUUUGUUAAUUAUUUUAUUACACUCUCAUAACAAAUCAUAACGAUUAUUACCUUAUUACAUGCAGCUCUUAAUUUUUAUUAGAAUCAAGUUAUAUAUAAAUUACUUUAAUUUUGAAUAAUAAAAAUAUUGCGAGUAUUAACUGUUGUCAAAAUCAUCCCCUUGAUGUUCACCGCCACGGAUGUCGGUACUGUAAAACCUCGUUCUAAUUCAUUUGAGAUGGAUCAGGGCAUUUGAUUGGUCAAUCAAAAUAAUUUGUGACAGUAAAACCAAGAUAUACGGUCUGCAAAUUUCUCAUUUGCAUAUGAAGCCUGAAUGGCGAUUGUUAAUGAGGUAAUUGACCCUGACUGACCCUGACACGUCAUGAAAUUGAUAAUUCAUGACGUCACAACAAUAGCGUGACCCUGAAAGGUCAACAUAUUUCAGCCUCACUUUGAAUAUUUCUGAUGCCACCAAUCAAGAGCAGAGAGACCCCAAUUUGAAGAAAACCCUCAAAAGUAUCUUAAAAACGUCGUUUAGAAUGGCGAUAACCCUACCCUAUUUUGAAAUAUGCUACAUAGUAUAUUGUGAUUGUACUGUCGCAAAUAUCCGAUUUACUGGUUCUGCUCCAUGUCGCCAGUAAAACUCAAUUUACGACAGUAUAAUCAAUAUAUACCGCCUCAAAUUUUAAAAUACAAUAAGGUUAUCCCCUAAUUAUGCUGCUUUCCCCUUUGAAGAUAUGUUGUAUAGUCGAUUAGUCGGUAUUUUCAUAUGCUUAAAUGAUUAGUAAUUUGCUAAAAAAAAAUCAUGUUAAAUCAAAUGUUCAUGAUUAGUGAUAGAAAAGAUUUAACUUUAUGUUACUGAGGUAAGGGACCUUACUUUGGCUUGAUAUGUGUUUGUAUUGAGGUUUACUGAAGUUUGUAAAGAUUUUUUUCUGAAACACCUUUUUGUUUUUGGUUUGAUUCUGGUACAAUGAAAAGCUGCAUCAAAUUUAGGUAUGUUUUGUGAGGUUUUUUAGAGUUCCUUUUUUUGUACUCGCCAAAAAGUGAAGCUUAGGGAAAAGAUGAUAGAUCUGUUUUUUAUGUGAUUAUAUCAGUUUGUAUAUAUAUGCUUUUGAUAUAUUUUAUAUUGGUAUGUUUGAUAUAUAUAUAUAAAUCAAUAUUGUAUAUCUCACUUAUUGUUUUUGUUGCAUUGUGAUCAGUAUAAAACAAGAGAUCCACCGUCUUGUAUGUCAUAAAUACAGCAGAUAGCUAUCUUUCACAUUUUUUUUUGUAACAGAACUGUAUCAUUAAGUACAUAAUCGUGCAUAUGUAGUAUCAGUGUGCAUCAUCACACUGUAGGCAUGCAUAUUUUAGUGAUAAUCUUAUUUAAUCAUGUUUGAAACAUGGGGCUGAAUUAUGGUUGCGCAAAUAUAUGAAGUAAAAAUGACAUUGACCAAGAAAUCAUUUACACUUUUAAAGGCAGAAUGAAUGGUUGAACAAGUAUUGUAGUGAUAAAAUUAUAUUAAUAUUUCUAUUGUCUAUAUAAAAUUAUGGAUUGAAAUUAACACAAAGUACUGUAAAUGCAUUUAUUUUAGCACUCAUAGUUAAGGGCAUUAUCAAAAUUAAUUGAUAAGCACAUUGAUGAAUUAGCACACAAGGAUAGGAAUAUAAAGUAAUAUCUCUAAAAGUGCCUGCAUACAUCCUAGACUAUUUGAUCAGACAUCAUAGACUAUUUGAUCAGACAUCCUAGACUAUUUGAUCAGACAUCCUAGACAAUUUGGUCAGACAUCAUAGACUAUUUGAUCGGACAUCCUAGACUAUUUGAUCAGACAUCAUAGACUAGACAUCAUAGAAUAUUUGAUCAGACAUCCUAGACUAUUUGAUCAGACAUCAUAGACUAUUUGAUCAGACAUCCUAGAAUAUUUGAUCAGACAUCACAACUAUUUGAUCAGACAUCAUAGACUAGACAUCAUAGACUAUUUGAUCAGACAUCAUAGACUAUUUGAUCAGACAUCCUAGACUAUUUGAUCAGACAUCAUAGACUAUUUGAUCAGACAUCUGUUGACACCUUAUCUCGACCAUAGUUUUACUUCAUCUGAAGAUUUGAUUAAAUUACGUAAUAUGUAGUAGAUUUUUCUCCCACCUCUGCAUAUGAAUGAUACAUGUGACCUAUUUGUGGGAUACGUGUUAGGUGUAUCACACAAUGGUGCACUCAGUUACCUGUUCUAUUAUGAUGUCACAAUCAGAUGACAGUGUUUUAUUAUGACGUCAAAUUGAAAACAUGUGAAAACAUUGUUUGACUGUUGCAAUAUUACUUUUGGCAAGUGACAUGACUUUAAGAACACAAGAAACGUUGUUCAAGCUCGCCCAAAGGUAUUACAUUGAUCAUUUAAGUUGAGGUAUAGCUUUAGUAUACAGUAGUUCUUUUCUUCUCUUUCCAAAUAUGGCCAUAGUUUGUGUAUACGUUAUCUAGAAACUUUGCUAUUGUUAGUGUUGUCUUUGCUUUGUCUGUCCUGUUAUACAAAAAAUUCAGAUGAGAGAUGGGAGAAAAAAGUCAUUCAACUUGUAGGUAUGUGGGAUACAGAUAUUCUACCCUCGAGUGCAAAUUUGGUGUCAGAACCUCGGCAAACUCUACACCAUCGGGUUGAAUACCCAUAUCCCACAUGCCUACAUAUGAUGAGAUGCUGUUAGCAUUACGACCAGAUUGUGUGUCGUGUAACACUCGGGUCCGUACCCAAAAGUUCAAAGAAAACUGAGGGAUCAAAGGUCAAAUACUAGUAAUAUAUAUGUGUAAAAUCUUUGUAAAAUCAAACAAACCUGCUUUUUACCCAUCAUUUGUAUGAAUAUACAGAAUUAUACAGAAUAGGAUUAUUCAAAGUUUAGCAAUAUAUUACUCUUUUUUUAGUAGUGCAAUGCACUGUUUGUGCAUGUACAUGUACAUCAAAAUAAAUGUUCGCUUCUUGACUGGGAAGCAGAAAACAGCCUUACUUCAUGACUGUCCAUAUCCUAUAUUUUUGCCCCAGAGUUAUCUUUCCAAUAGAAAUAGUAGAUCAUUCAAGUAUAUGGUAGAGGGUUUAUACUUAUAUAUAUAUAUAACCAUGAAUUUAUCAUCUGUGACACUAAUUCAUUAUAAGUUUGUCAUUUUUUUUCCAGAAUAUUAAAAUAUAACUUGAAAUAGGUUAAAGCUGACAGUGCAAGUUAAAUAUCUUUCAAUUGAGAUUUUAAAAAAGAAAUUUUAAAAAAUCUGGUUUUAAGAUCUUCCCCAUCUCUUCCAACUAUCGUUUCUAAGGAAGUGCGGACAUUUCAGUUUGUCCUUGCUUGGUAACAAGUAUGGGUCUCACUGGGUAUAUAACAAGUGCAUUACCCGUCAUUAUUUUUUUUAUCUUAAUUGAUAGCUUUUUAACUUGCACUGUCAGAUUUAAGCACUUGAUUCAAUGGAUACCUCAUCUGAAGCAAUAUUUGUAUUAAAAUGUAUGUGAUGUAUUUGUUAUAAUCUAAUGGCUUUAGAAGAGCAUGUGAUAUUGUUACUAGAAUGUCUUUCAUUAUCAAUCUGUUUAUGUGAAAUAUUUAAAUUUCACUGCAUAUUUGUCACCAUUUUCUGUCCUAAAAUUUAGAAUUCACAGACCAUAGACAAUGGGUCUUUGGGGUUUAUGUGACAUAGGGUAAAUGAAAUAAGUGAUUCCAAAAGACUUUCAGUGUUUUAAUGGUGAGUGUUUAUGGGCCUGUCAUUAAAUUCAAUCGCGGAAUUGAAAUACUGUAGCUAUUGUUCUUCUGCUAAAAUCUUUGUCUAAAAUACAUGAUUUUAAGAGAGGCAAGAGGGGUGGAACAAUACCAAAUUUCUUUCUGCUCUUUCCAAAUAUGGCUUCAGUUUCUGAUUGUGAUAUCUAGAAAAUUUGAUAUGUUUAGUGUUGAAUUUGCAUUGCCUAUGUACUGUUUUAUCAAAACAUUGGUUAAGAGGUGGAGAGAGAAAACAUUCAUUCAUUACGUUGGUAUGUGCUGCAGAAUUUGGUGUUGUAACGAAUCUCGGCAAAGCUACAGUUCUGGUCCAAAUUCAUCUCUCACCUUGGGGGUGAGAGAUUCUAUUAAUUCUCCCCGAAACCUUGGGAUUCUCAACCUGAGGGGGAAGAAUCUUAAGUUACUAAACAUGAGGCUUUGUUUAGUGUUUGGCAACUAAAGAAUCUUUCCCCGAGGGUUGAGAUUCCCCUAUCUCACCCUCAAGGGGGUAAAUGAUUC